AGAGCUUCUAUCCCUCUCAUACAAAUUAACAAUCAAGAAUUUCUGCAAACAAAAAAAAAUGGCUUCCAACAAGGUAGUGAUCUCGGCGUUGCUCGUCGUCGUCGUCUCCGUGCUCGCAGCAACGACGACAAUGGCGGACCACCACCAAGAACAGGUGGUCUACACUCCCGGCCAGCUAUGUCAGCCAGGAAUCGGCUACCCGACGUACCCGCUGCCGCGAUGCCGGGCGUUCGUGAAGCGCCAGUGCGUCGCCCCCGGCACGGUGGACGAGCAGGUCCGGCGAGGCUGCUGCCGGCAGCUCGCCGCCAUCGACAGCAGCUGGUGCAGGUGCGAUGCGCUCAACCACAUGCUGAGGAUCAUCUACAGGGAGAGCGGCGCCGCCGACGCUGGGCACCCCAUGGCCGAGGUGUUCCGCGGCUGCCGGAGAGGGGACAUCGAGCGCGCGGCGGCGAGCCUCCCGGCGUUCUGCAACGUGGACAUCCCCAAUGGCGUAGGCGGUGUCUGCUACUGGCUACCGGGAACUGGCUACUAGCCUUCUGUAUGUAGCUAGUUAUUGGCUGUUCAUGUGUGUGAUUUGGUUACUAAAUAAUUUGUGUUUCCUUUUAUCUGGAAGCAUGUAUGAUGAAUAAAUGAUGAACUCAGAUGUUCUUCUGUUUAUAUCUC